UCAAUUUUAUCCAACAAAUAUGGCCCAACAUUCAAGAUUUUUUUAUAAAUAAAUAAAUAAAUAAAAAAUAAAUUAGGCUGUAACAAGAACAGUGAUUGGUGGAAGAAGGUGCCACACGGCUGUGGAGAAGCACAUGCUUGAGCGCCAAGGUAGCUUCUUUGAAGCUGAGUCACCAAUUACAUCACGUGAUUAUCAAAACGUCGCCGUUUUAGCAAGACCUCAAUUACGGAACGACACCACUCUUCUCAUUCUACUUCCCACUAUAUAAUACCCUUUCGCCGCCUCAAUUCUCUCAUUCCCAAAACACACACACUCUCUCUCCUCUUUCUCUCUCUACAAAUCAAAACGCUUCUUCUCUCUCUAAAAAAAACCCAGCUGCUCCGAGUAUACUAUUCAUCAGUAGCAAUGGGUGCUUGUUUCUCCUCCGAAUCCGAUUACAGUCGCCAUCAGAAACCUACCGCUAACGUCGUCACUCUCAACGGCGAGCUGCGCCGCUACCCGCUUCCGGCCACCGUAUCGCAGGUGCUUAGCUACGAAGAUUCGUCGCCUGAUUCCGUCUUCCUCUGCAACUCCGACCGGUUGUUCUUCGACGACUAUAUACCGAAUCUCGCACCGGAGAACGAACUUGAGCCCGACCAGAUCUAUUUCGUGCUGCCGUCUUCCAAGCUCCAGCGCCGCCUCGCCGCCUCCGAUAUGGCGGCGUUGGCUGUAAAGGCAAGCGUCGCACUCGACGCCACCAAUUCUCGCCGGAACAGGAAAUCUCGGAUUUCACCCGUGUUGGUGGCGGAGGAAGAUCCGAUUCACGAAUCCAGACCCGCUGGCAAUAAGAAUUCGGGCAAGGCCUCAGUCGGAUCGGAGUUUGGGGUUUCGAGAUCCCGGAAGUUGCAGAGACACACUUCUCGCCGAGCGAAAUUCGCCGUCCGAUCGUUCAGGAUAGGGUUAACUACCAUUAAUGAAGGAUCCGUGCUCGUCAAUUGAGGAAUUUUUUUGAUUUUUUUUUUAAUUUUUUUUUUGUGGUCCUUGUUUAUAUUAGGCAAGGUAGAAAAAAAGGAAACAGUAUCAUACAAUCAUCGAUGUUGAUUCUUUUCUUUGAUCAUAGUUCCUUUUGAGGAAGAAAUUUCCUUUUGUAAAUAUUUUGGACUUUGGCUGUAAUUUAAUUGUAUUCCAAUUUUGAAAAUUUACAGAGAUCAUCAUACAUUUGAUUCCAA